UAAAGACCCGAUUUGGAAUUUUCAAAAAAUAUAUUUGAACGACCUGAACUCAUUGUUAUCAAUAAAUGUUUAUUUUCGGAAAAUACGUUGUAAAUUAAGCGCGGGAUUUCUUAUUCGGGUGUUUAAUGUUUAAAAUAUGAGAAAAUAUAGUAGCAAUCGUAACAAAACGGUUGAAAUUUGUAUCUGUAAUACACUCUGGACGCUAACCAGCUUCUGUAUGGUGUUUUUAUUGUCUAAGUUCACAUCAAUAUUUGUGUGCACACUGUCAUCUGGAUUACUUCUCCUAUUGUUGUUUAUUGCUAUAGUUGAUAACCCGAGCCAUGGCAACGAUUGUUUAAAGCAAGGGAUUCUUGGUUCUUGUUUGACUGUUGCGGGUGCGCUUGGUUUUGGCGCGAUUGCAACAGGUUUACAAUGUGGAUACACUAUUUCAACAUGUUAUUUCAAUGAGUGCUGUGAUUAUAAUUGGAUAUCACCGAAUAUCACUGGUCUGUCUUUGCAACUGAAUAAGAAACUGUAUGGUCAACAUCUUGUAAUUGGUCCUGUUGUGAAACACCUGAGGGGUCAUGUUGAAGGUCACCCACAAAAAGCAACAGUGUUAUCGUUACAUGGACUUCCAGGAACGGGGAAGAACUUUUUGAGUAGAAUUGUGGCCGAAAAUAUGUAUGUUAAAGGAAUGGACAGCAAAUAUGUUCACAUUCUGUCGGCAACAAAAGACUUUCCUCAUGAAAAUAUGCUAGAAGAAUACAAAGAAAAACUAAAACUAGAGAUCGAAACAGCGGGUAAAGAGUGUCCUAGAUCUUUAUUCAUUGUCGAUGAAAUGGACAAAUUACUUCCUGGUUUAAUUGAUACCAUCCGUCCAUUCAUUGACUAUUAUGAUCACGUGGAUGGAAUAGAUUACAGACAAUUCUUGUUUUUCUUUUUAAGCAACACGGGUGGAGACGCUAUUGCAGAACAUGUUUUGUUAAACAGUGAACAAGGGAAAGAUAGAAGGAAAUUAAGCCUGAAGGAAAUGGAAGAAGUUGUUCGGGUGGCUUCGUUUAAUGACACAAAUGGAUUAAUGCACAGCAGCAUUGUCAAAAACAGCCUCAUUACCGCAUAUGUUCCGUUCUUACCUCUAGAAAGAGUUCACGUAGAAAAAUGCAUCGUGGACCGACUAUUUGCAAAAGGGUUUUAUGAGUAUGAAUAUCAGGUAGACCAAGAAACAGUUGGGGCUAUUGCAAAUGAGCUUUUGUACUUUCCAAUCGAUACACGUCUGUUUUCUACUACUGGUUGCAAACGUGUAAUGGAGAAAAUUGAUUUAAUAAUGCAAGAAGAUGCAUAAGACUUCAAGUGGAUGCAGACUGGAGCUUUCUGUAAACACACGUUUUGAUUAACUUAUAAUAAUGUAAAAUGCAAGUCUUUAAAAUAUGCACGUGCAAAUUUUACACUGCUACGGCUUCGAAUUUUGUUUAGAUGUUAUCUUGAAGAAGAUAUUUGGAGCAGGAUGAAAGGGGAAACGUACGGCUUGAUAAAUCUAAACCAAGAUGGUUUGUCUUAACUUAACACACUCCCUUCCUCUCCUUUUACAGAUAGAAGUUGGACAAUGAAAGACUAUCAGGUAUUAACAUGUUCAUGUGGAAACAACGACAUUGGCCUGAUACAAAGAUACCGACAUAUAUAUAGUUAUUCAUUCUGAAAAUGCAUACAUUGUCUGCCGAAAGUUCUGUGUUCUGCAAUAUAUGUUUUGCGAUUACUAUUGAAAUGUUACAUUUAUCUUGUGUAAUAUACAGGUGGUAGAUAUCUUUCGAAACAUACGCUGCAGAUUGAAAACGAUUAUAUCAAGUAACACAUGUGUUUGCUGAGAGCUUUCAUGCAAUCAUUACUCUACCUUUGGAAGCAUUGUUUUGCCUGUUGCAGUUACUGGUCAAGACUUUCACGCAUAUUAAACUGUCAGCAGCUGUAACAUAUUUCUUUAUGCACCAAUAGACAUUACCCGAAUAUUUGAUACACAUGAACACUUUCUUCUGUCGGAAGGAAAUGGUUUUAUGCAUCUUUUAUAUAAGCUGAAAUAUUGAGGUUAUUUCCAGCCAUUUUUGAUAUAUCCGAAGAAAGUAAGAAACAUUUUUCUCAUUUAUGAUAUCCGUAUCUUAAUUAUUUGUUUUGCAUUAACAAGGUACAUGCAUUCAAUAAAAUCUGUAAAAGAUCCUUUGGAAGCAAGGAAAGCAACCACCAAGCAAAAUGAUAGCAGACUCGGUUUGAUUGAGUCUGUUCAUGAGAGGUAAUGAAAUGUGCAACACCUCUCUUGCCCCCUAGCACCGGCCCAAGCGGAAUUCUAUUACACAUAUGUUGAAUGGAAUCCAUGAUCCCAAAGGACCAGAAAAUAUAAAAACACUGAAUACUAUUAUCAUUCUAAACAGCAAAUAUUAAUCAUUUUUGUAACAUCAAGUUACUAUUCAAUUUGUUUCUGUAUUCUUCAGAAGGAUACCUAUUCUCACAGAACAGGUGGACGACUCCAUGAUAAGCUAGGAUAAAUCCUGGAUUUUAGUUCUAAUGUAGACAAGCCAGAAAAACGCCAUGCUUUACACAAUUGUACAUUAUGCAUAGCACUCAACUUUAAAAGGGUCCUGAAAGAAGAUUAAGCAAUUUCAAAAUGGCCGCCUUGAAAUAUUUAUUAUAUACAAAAGGUCUUUUUCAAAAGUACAUUGUAAAUGUCACACUUGCUGUUUAAAAUCGUCGAAUUAACAAAACAAGUUAAAUUUUGCAUUUGUGUUUUUAUAAGUACCACCAUGUAUUUUAUGUAAUGUGAAAACAAAAUUGUAU